CAGUUUUAUUUGAUUACACAUUAUUUAGGCAACAAAAUGAGACGCCGCGUGGGUCUUGGCGCCAUACAACAGCAAAAACUUGCUGCAGAGAAGUAUAAAGACAAAGGCACCGACCUGCAAGAGUCUCAGCUCGAGCAAAUGACCAAGCAAAUGGAAGUUUUUCGCGUUAAACUGGAGGAGUUCGCCAUGAAGCAUAAGGAGGACAUACGCAAGAACUCUCAAUUUCGCAAACAGUUUCAGGAGAUGUGUGCCGCCAUUGGUGUUGAUCCUCUAGCUACCGGCAAAGGUUUCUGGAGUGUGCUGGGGAUGGGAGACUUCUACUACGAGCUGGGCGUGCAGGUGGUCGAGGCGUGCCUGGCUGCAAAUCAUAAAACUGGCGGACUAAUGGAGCUGGACGAGCUGAGGCGUCGUCUGAUAGCAGCACGCGGUCAAAGUGCUGUGCAUCAGGAAAUCACCAAUGAGGAUAUUCUGAUGGCUGCCAAGAAGCUAAGCAUCUUUGGCAAUGGUUUCGUAGUGCACAAGCUGGGCAAGGGCAAGUACAUUGUGCAAUCUAUUCCUGGGGAGCUAAGCAUGGAGGAGACCAACAUACUUACCGCUGCCUCCAACACAGAGCAGGGCUUUGUAACUCAAAAACAGCUAAUGAGGGAUUUGGGCUGGACGGAAUAUCGUUCUAAGCAGUCUCUGGACAAAGUCCUGGGCGAGGGUCUCUGCUGGAUUGAUAUGCAAGCAAAUGAUGAGCCCAGCUAUUGGUUUCCUAGCUUGUUUCCCGGACGGACAGCUCAAAAUUCCACCGGUUAGUCUUACAAAGCUCGCACUACUUGUACGAUAAUUUAUUUUUAACCCAAUUUAUAACACGUAUGUAUAUAACAACUUUAAAAAAUAUACAAUGUUUUCUUAAAAA